ACACUGAAGGAUGGACACUGCGGGGACACUGCGGGGACACUGCGGGAGGGACACGGCGGGAGGGACACUGUGCGAGCCUCGCCCAGCGGACGCCGGCGCCGAUGGCGGCCCCGCUCCCGCCCCCGCACGGAAAUGGCGCCGGCGCCGCGUGAUGACGCAGACAGAGGCCCAGAGCGGCGCGCGGCGCUGUGACGUCAGAACCGCGCGCCUCGGUGGCGGCCCGUGCGCGGAGCCGGGGCGGGAGAGCUCCCCGGGAUGCGGCGCUGAGCCCAUGGCCGCGCACCUCGUCCUCCGCUGCUGCCGGCGGCUGCUGCUGCGGGCGCCGCCGGCCCCGGGCGCCGCGCUGCGCACCGGCCCGCCCCGCCGCGCCGAGGGCCCGCAGCCGCGGCCGCACGAGCAGGGCCCGGAGCAGCAGCUGCGGGAGCUGAUCCGGGGCGCCGCCAGCCCGCAGGAGCUGCUGCAGCUGGGCCAGGGGCCGGCGCUCAGCAGCAACCUGGCGGCGCUGGCCAUCGCCCGCCUGGCGCGCCUGGCCGCGCUGCAGGGCACCGACACCGCCGCCAUCCGCGGGGACCCGCGCUUCCAGCAGCUCCUGGGCACCCUGGACGCGCAGAUCUCUCAGGUGUGGAACACGCCGCUGGUGCAGCUCCUGCGCAGCCUGCCGGCGCUGGGGCUGGCGCGGGGCGGGCGCCAGGUGCGCUCGGUGGAGCAGGAGGUGCUGUGGCGGCUGCGGCGCCUGCCCCUGCGGCAGCUGGUGCAGCUGGCCGAGCACCUGGCGGGGCAGGGCGCCGAGGGGCCGCUGCUGCCCGAGGUGCUGCGCAAGCUGGAGCUGCGCUGGACCGAGCUGGACGGCACCCGCGAAGUGGUGACGCUCAUGGCCAAGGUGGGACACCUGUCCCCCGCCCUCAUGGAGCGCCUGGAGGACAAGGCCCUGGAGCUGGCGGAGCAGUUCGACCCUGACGAGCUGCGCCGCGUGGCGCUGGCGCUGGCGCUGCAGCAGCGCCGCUGCGUGCCCCUGCUGCGGGCCCUGUCCUACCACCUGCUGCAGAAACCUGCCGAGCUGCCCCUGCCCGUGCUCACCGACCUGCUCUUCGCCUACAGUAAGCUGAGCUUCCAGCAGCCGCAGGUGCUGCACCGCCUGUCCCUGGAGCUGCAGCCCCACCUGGGCAGCCUGAGCCCGGCUCAGGUGUCGCGCUGCGCCCGCUCCUUCGCCAGCCUGCGCUGGCUCAGCCGGCCCCUCGCCGAGGCCAUGGCACAGUACUGCCUGGAUAACAGCCAGAAGCUGUCCCUCACCCAGCUCUGCGGGGUCCUCGUGUCCUUCGCCCGCCUCAACUUCCAGCCCAGCUCCAGCGAGGAAUUCUUCUCCAUGGUCCACGGGCGGCUGCAGGGGCAGGAGCAGCAGCUGGACGUGCACGUGCUGGCAGACGUGGUGUGGUCGCUGUGUGUGCUGCAGCAGCCCCGGCAGCCCCAGCUGCGCCUCGUGCUGGGCCCCGACUUCCACUCCCGCCUGCGAGGUGACACCUCCCCGCGGGCACAGAGCUCGUGGCUGAAGCUGCUGCACAUCAACGCCACGGCCAGGCUGGAGGCCCCGGGCUACCAGGGGCCCUUCCUGCCCCCCGAGCUGCUGGGGGGGGACAGGGACAAGGACAAGGACAGGGCCAGGGACAAGGAGAAGGCCACCCCCCUGCAGCGGGGGCUGUGGGAGGCGCUGCCGGGGGCACUGGGGGGCCACGACCUCUUCCGAUGUGAUGUGAGCACAGUGUACGGCUGGGACAUCGAUGCCGAGGUGGUGCUGGACAGUGACAACAAACCUCUGCCCGUGAGGGACUUCGCUGCCCCCCAUUUGUCCCACUCCGAGGGGACAAAGCCACUGCCACCGGGGGCCAGGAGGGUGGCCGUGCUGCGCUGGGAGCUGCCGCAGUUCAGCUCGCGGGGCCGGGAGCUGCUGGGCCGGGGCUCCCUGGCCCGCAGGCACCUGAGAGCCGCCGGCUUCCUGCUGGCCGAGGUGCCCCACUACGAGUUCCUGGAGCUGAAGCUGGAGCGGCAGCGCGUGGCCUACCUGAAGGACAAGGUGGCCAAGGCCCUGGCCAGUGACACGGCCGGUGACACGGCCACCGACACGGCCACCUAACCUGCCCAUGUGGCCUCCUCACCUCAGUCAGGUGGCCACCUCCCUGUGCCAAUGUGACCACGUCACCGUGCCCAGGUGGCCCAGUCGCUGAGCCCAAGUGGCCGUGCCCGGGUGGGCGUGUCACCACCACAGUGAGGGCCCCGUGUCCCCUCGGGGCUCCAGCCUUGCUGCUCCGUGUCACCAACGGCUCAAAUAAACCCGGAACUGUACAGGGA